AUGGGCCCCAAGGCGGUGGAGGGAGUGGGGGUGGUGGUAGGAGUAGUGCUGGGGGUGGCGGCGGCGGCGGCAGCAGUGGAGGCGGCGGAGGCGGUGGAGGUGGCGGAGGGAGCGGAGGCGGCGGAGGUAGUGGAGGAGGCGGAGGUGGAGGAGGCGGCGGAGGCGGCGAAGGCGGCGGCGGCGGCGGAGGCGGCGGUGGUGGAGCGAGUCGCGACUCUGCGUCGAGGAGUGGCGCCGGUGGUGGUCAGUGCCAGCAGCAGCAGCGGAGUGGUGUGA